AUGUCCAAGCCACUAAGCCAGAGCUGCGCCGAGACGGAAAAGGAAAUGGUUUCGGACGAGGGUGUGGCAACGAUGGAAAACGAGUUACCCGAGGGUCACGAAGAGAUAGAAGAGAUUUCUGCUGCAAAUGACGCACACACUCUGGCUUCUAGAGGCAAUCCGGAGGGGACCACGACUGGGGAACAACAGCGGCAGAAAAAAACGCGGGAAGCGGAGACAGAGAAAGCGUCUGACGCAAGAAAAGACGACGAUGGUCCGUUUUGCACGUCCAGCGCGAGUGGCACAUCUCUCUAUGCGCUCGCCUACUACUGUAUGAGCAAAGUAAUAUCGAUGCCUUUGACAAGACAAACAGACAACAUCAUUCUGAGUCUCCUUCAGAUCAGCGGGGAGAAGAAACCGGAGACACCGAAACAAAUGUGA